AUGCUUCGUAUUCCAGUUAUAAUUCAUAAUACAAAUGAAAGAUUCCUCAUUCCAUGCGAGACCGGUAAAGAAAAUGUUAAAUGGCUAUGCCAAACUGCUUACACAAGGUAUAUAGAAAAGUUUCCCGAUGCAUCUAUGCCCCAGCAUUUCAUGCCUCGACGUGUUUUUGAUGGAAGCCUUUUGUCGCUCAACGACUGUGUUGGACAAGUGCUGAAGGACAAUGAAUUGAUUCAGAUUGAUAACAUGAAUAAUCUUGAUGACAGCCAAUACUUAAGCAUCAUCAUAGACGAGGAGCAUAAGCUCAUGACACUCGAUGGUUGUAACAUGAAGCCUGGUGAUCUUAUUUGUCUUGGUUCUGGUCAAUAUCGGAUUGAGCUAUCACCAGAAACAUGGGAUUUAAUUCGACGAGGACGAGAGAUUAUCGAAGACAUUAUAUGUCAGAAAAAAGUUGUCUAUGGAAUCAAUACUGGCUUUGGUUCAUUUGCCGAAACAGUCAUUCCCGAUCAUCAGCUUUAUGAACUCCAAUCUCGUUUAAUUCUUUCGCAUUGCGCUGGUGUGGGUAAGCCGCUCGAAAUCGAACGAGCCCGAAUGAUUUUCGCCCUACGCAUCAACGUUCUUAGUAAAGGUUUUUCGGGAAUUUCUGAAGAAACUCUACGCAAAGUUAUUGCAAUAUUCAACAAAUCAUGCGUUCCUGAAAUUCCAUGUCAAGGCUCAGUAGGAGCAUCUGGUGAUCUUUCACCCUUAGCUCAUUUAAGUGCAGCUUUAAUGGGUACUGGACGAAUGUGGUCACCGAAGACCGACUGGGGAGAUGCAAAGGAUGUUCUGGAUCAGAACGGAUUGGAAUCGAUUGUUUACAAACCAAAAGAAGGUUUAGCUAUGGUCAAUGGAACACAAUUCAUUACUGCUCUGGGAGCAGAAGCUGUUGAACGAGCAAUCUCGUUGGCACGCCAAGCAGACGUUAUUGCAGCACUGAGUACCGAAGGAUUACGUGGCAAUGUUCGUGCAUUCCAUCCAAGCAUUCAUGCAUCACGACCCUACACGGGUCAGAAUUUGGUGGCACAACGAUUGCGUUCACUACUUGACUCCAAACUUUAUCCAUCAAAAAUUUAUGAUAGUCAUGCCCAGUGUGGCAAGAUGCAAGAUGCCUAUUCUAUUCGAUGUAUCCCACAGGUUCAUGGCAUUUCUUGGGACACAAUUAUGUUUGUUCAAAAAUUGAUUACAGUGGAGAUGAAUAGUGCUACUGAUAAUCCGCUCGUCUUGGUAGAUCUAAAAGAAACUAUCUCGGGUGGCAAUUUUCAUGGAGAAUAUCCUGCCAAAGCUCUAGAUUACUUGGCGAUUGGAGUCCACGAACUUGGCAGUAUGAGCGAAUGUCGUAUGACUCUAUUUAUCACAGAAAAAAUGAGUCAAUUACCUGCCUUUCUUACUCCCAAUGGUGGUCUUAAUUCUGGUUUUAUGAUUCCUCAAUAUACAGCAGCUGCUUUGGUAUCGGAAAAUAAAGGUCUAUGUCAUCCGUCGUCGGUCGAUACCAUUGCAACCAGUGCUGGACAAGAAGAUCACGUCUCAAUGGGUGCUUGGUCAGCUCGAAAAGCUCUCAUGGUGAUCGACAAUGUUGAAAAAAUUUUGGCCAUUGAACUUCUCAUGGCCUGUCAAGCUAUCGAUUUACAACGUCCAAAUACAACAACUCCUCCGUUGGAAGCCAUUCAUAAACUGGUUCGACAAACCAUUGACAAAUGGGACGAAGAUCGAUUCAUGGCACCAACUAUCGAGGCAGCAAUCCGCAUCAUAAGAUCAGGCGAUCUGUGGACAAUUGUUGAACCUUACAUCCAAAAAUAUCACGAGUGGUAUCAAAAUCAGCAGAACUAA